UGAAAUGCGGGCCGCAAACUCUAGGCUAAGUAAGAAACAACGUAUAAAACAAGUAUUAUAUCUAUAUGGAAGAAAUCAACGAACUGCGGGAGGAGAGUCGUUGAGUCACUGCUCCCAUGGCGUCUCUUUUAAGUCCAUCUCUCUCUGUUCCUCCUCCUCGCAACAAGGUGAAUUCUGUUAGUGCCAGCACAAUAGCUGCAAAAACACCUCCAGCCGGAAAUUUUCAGCCUACUGCGAGAAAUGGUAGAAAUUAUGGGUGUCGUUGGAUGAUAAAAGCUAAUAUGUCUGCUGGAGCAGAUGUGCUUGAAAAAGAUUCUGUUAGUGCUGAAUCUGUUGAUGAUGCAAAUGAUUAUGGAGUUGUUAGCAUGCACCAUGUGGGAAUACUAUGCGAAAACCUUGAAAGGUCACUUGAAUUCUACCAGAAUGUGCUCGGUCUGAAGAUAAAUGAGGCAAGGCCAGAUGAUAAGCUACCUUACAGGGGUGCUUGGCUGUGGGUGGGAUCUGAGAUGAUACAUCUCAUGGAGCUUCCAAAUCCUGACCCCUUGACCGGUAGACCUCAGCAUGGAGGCAGAGAUCGUCAUACCUGUAUCGCCAUCGGGGACGUAUCAAAGCUGAAAGUUAUCCUUGAUAAAGCCGGCAUUCCCUACACGCUGAGCCGCUCUGGGAGGCCAGCCAUCUUCACGCGAGACCCAGACGCCAAUGCGUUAGAAUUUACUCAAGUGUAGGCAUCUGCCCUUCUCAACAGACAAAUAAUGUAUAUAUAAUCAUCUCCUAUAAUACAAGGAUCUUGCCUUUUUUUUUUUUUUCUUUUAAGGCCAAUGUUGAAAUCUGCAAUAGGAAAAGAACAUGAAAUUGAGGAGUCCGAUGUGUUGGAUU